AGGAGGUGGCCAAGCUGGAAAAGCACCUGAUGCUUCUCCGCCAGGAGUAUGUAAAGCUGCAGAAGAAACUAGCUGAUACAGAAAGGAGAUGCAAUCUUCUGGCUGCCCAGGCUAACCAAGACAAUGCCAGCGACACCUUCAUCAGUCGACUUCUUGCCAUUGUAGCUGAACUCUAUCAGCAGGAGCAGUACAGUGAUCUGAAGAUAAAGGUUGGGGACAAGCACAUCAGUGCUCACAAAUUUGUCUUGGCGGCACGCAGUGAUACUUGGAGUCUUGCCAACCUUGCCUCCACAGAGGAGCUGGAUCUAUCAGAUGCUGACCCAGAGGUAACCACAGCAAUGCUGCGGUGGAUCUACACAGAUGAACUUGAGCUAAGAGAAGAUGAUAUCUUCUUGACAGAGCUCAUGAAACUAGCUAAUAAAUUUCAGCUCCACCUGCUUAGGGAAAGAUGUGAAAAAGGAGUUAUGUCACUAGUUAACGUCAGGAACUGCAUUCGUUUCUAUCAGACAGCUGAGGAGCUGAAUGCUAGCACUCUUCUGAACUAUUGUGCUGAGAUAAUUGCUAGUCACUGGGAUGACUUGCGUAAAGAAGACUUCAGUAGCAUGAGUGCUCAGUUACUGUAUAAAAUGUUCAAGUCGAAGACAGAAUAUCCUUUGCAUAAGGCUAUUAAAGUUGAGAGAGAAGAUGUAGUCUUUUUGUAUCUUAUUGAAAUGGAUUCACAGCUUCCUGGGAAGCUCAAUGAAUUGGAUCACAAUGGAGAUCUUGCUUUGGAUCUAGCCCUUGCCCAAAGACUGGAGAGUAUUGCAACUACACUGGUCAACCACAAGGCUGAUGUAGAUAGGGCAGACAAGAAAGGCUGGAGUCUAUUACAUAAAGCCAUCCAAAGAGGAGAUAAAUUUGCUGCAAACUUUCUCAUUAAAAAUGGUGCCCGUGUGAAUGCUGCUACACUGGGAGACCAGGAGACUCCUCUGCACCUUGUGGCAUCAUACAGCCCCAAGAAGCAUUUGCCAGAUGUCAUGGCAGAGAUGGCACAGAUAGCAGAGUCCCUCUUACAGGCAGGAGCCAAUCCAAAUAUGCAAGACAACAAAGGAAGGACCCCAUUACAUGUGUCAAUUGUGGUCAGGAAUGAACCUGUAUUCAGUCAGCUUCUCCAGUGCAAACAACUAGACUUGGAGCUGAAGGAUCAUGAAGGAAGCACAGCUCUGUGGCUUGCAGUUCAGUAUAUCACUGUAUCGUCUGAUCAGUCUGUAAACCCUUUUGAGGAUGCCCCUGUUGUAAAUGGAACCUCAUUUGAUGAGAACAGUUUUGCAGCAAGGCUGAUCCAACGAGGCAGCAAUACAGAUGCUCCAGACACAGUAACAGGAAACUGCUUGCUUCAGAGGGCAGCUGGUGCAGGAAAUGAGGCAGCUUCUCUCUUCCUAGCAACUCAUGGAGCAAAAGUCAACCACCAAAACAAAUGGGGAGAAACACCACUGCAUACAGCCUGUAGGCAUGGCCUAGCAAACCUGACAGCAGAACUUCUUCAACAAGGAGCCAAUCCAAACAUCCAGACAGCAGAAGCAGUGCUUGGUCAGAAGGAUGCAUCUUCUCCAGCAGCAGAGAAUGUUUAUCUGCAAACUCCCCUUCACAUGGCUAUUGCUUACAAUCACCCAGAUGUGGUGUCAGUCAUCCUGGAACAAAAAGCUAAUGCUCUUCAUGCUACCAACAACUUGCAAAUUAUUCCUGACUUCAGUCUAAAGGACUCAAGAGAUCAGACUGUGCUGGGAUUGGCUCUUUGGACAGGCAUGCACACAAUAGCGGCUCAGCUGCUUGGAUCUGGGGCGUCCAUCAAUGACACAAUGUCAGACGGACAGACUCUACUACAUACAGCAAUACAGAGACAAGACAGUAAGAGUGCACUCUUUCUGCUGGAACAUCAGGCAGAUAUAAAUGUCAGAACACAGGAUGGAGAGACUGCCUUACAGCUAGCUAUAAAAAACCAGCUCCCUCUUGUGGUUGAUGCUAUUUGUACCAGGGGAGCAGACAUGUCUGUGCCAGAUGAGAAAGGAAAUCCUCCUUUAUGGCUUGCCUUAGAAAAUAACCUGGAAGACAUUGCAUCAACUCUGGUUAGGCAUGGCUGUGAUUCAACCUGUUGGGGGUCAGGACCAAGUGGCUGCUUGCAAACUCUUCUUCAUAGAGCUAUUGAUGAAAACAGUGAACAAAUAGCAUGCUUUCUUAUUCGCAGUGGUUGUGAUGUGAAUAGUCCCAGAAAGCCAGGCCCGAAUGGAGAAGGAGAAGAGGAAGCUCAUGAUGGACAGACACCCCUACACUUGGCAGCCUGCUGGGGACUAGAAGAGGUGAUCCAGUGCCUUUUGGAGUUUGGUGCCAAUGUCAAUGCUCAGGAUGCAGAAGGAAGAACUCCAAUCCAUGUUGCCAUUAGCAACCAACAUAAUGUUAUCAUUCAGCUUAUGAUUUCACAUCCAGAUAUUAAGCUAAAUGUACGUGACAGGCAAGGAAUGACUCCCUUUGCAUGUGCUAUGACAUAUAAAAAUAACAAAGCAGCUGAAGCAAUUUUGAAGAGGGAACCAGGAGCUGCUGAACAGGUGGAUAAUAAAGGUCGGAAUUUCCUACAUGUAGCUGUUCAGAACUCAGACAUUGAGAGUGUGCUGUUCCUGAUAAGCGUACAGGCUAAUGUAAACUCUCGGGUCCAGGAUGCCUCCAAACUAACACCGCUCCAUCUGGCUGUACAAGCUGGCUCGGAGAUCAUUGUGCGUAAUCUGCUGCUUGCAGGUGCCCAGGUGAAUGAACUGACUAAGCAUCGUCAGACUGCUCUUCACUUGGCAGCACAGCAAGAUUUGCCCACAAUUUGUUCAGUCCUUCUGGAGAAUGGAGUAGACUUUGCAGCUGUAGAUGAAAAUGGAAAUAAUGCUCUUCAUCUAGCAGUGAUGCAUGGCCGUCUAAACAAUAUCCGGGUCCUCCUCACAGAGUGCAAUGUAGAUGCAGAAGCCUUUAAUAUUAGAGGCCAGUCACCAAUGCAUAUUUUGGGACAAUAUGGGAAAGAUAAUGCAGCAGCCAUCUGUGACCUUUUCUUGGAGUGUAUGCCAGAAUACCCUCUAGACAAACCUGAUGCUGAAGGAAACACAGUGCUCCUGUUGGCUUACAUGAAGGGAAAUGCUAACUUGUGUCGUGCCAUAGUGAGAGCUGGGGCUCGUCUUGGAGUUAACAAUAAUCAAGGAGUCAAUAUCUUCAACUACCAAGUUGCUACAAAACAGCUUCUCUUUAGACUGCUGGAUAUGCUGACAAAAGAACCUCCCUGGUGUGAUGGCUCCAACUGCUAUGAAUGCACUGCCAAAUUUGGAGUCACGACAAGAAAGCAUCACUGCCGACACUGUGGACGCCUGCUCUGCCAUAAGUGCUCAACAAAGGAGAUUCCUAUCAUAAAAUUUGAUCUGAACAAGCCAGUUCGAGUUUGCAACAUAUGCUUUGAUGUCCUGACUCUGGGAGGAGUCUCCUAGUAUGCUGUGGAAGUAAAGGGAUUCCCAGUCAGUGCUCCU